CACUGUGAGGCAGUUGAUUGAAAGGCUCUCUCACCUCUAGCACAGCCAGCAGAAUGAAGCCUCUACUGUGGACCUGUGUGGUGGGGCUCCUCUCCACUUUGGCAGUAAAUAUCAAGGCAGAAUCUAUUGUAGUCUCUCAGAGCCCAAAAGCCAUUUCUCUUAUGAAGGUGAACUCCACUGCUGAGAUACGGUGCACAAGCACUAUUCCUGGUCCAGCUGGGCUCUCCUUGAGAAGACACUACUCCAAGGAUAUGGAAGUGCUGUACUAUUCAUUCCUUGGCAAUAAGCUCACUGUGAGCCCAGAGUACCGGAACAGGCUGUCUGUGAGUGGCAAGUGCUGUGACUUCACCCUACAUCUGUCCCAGCUCAGGGUGGAAGACACUGAUGGCUACUACUGCAAGUGGAGCCAGGUUGAUGAAAAAAGAACAGAACCGACAUACUACCAGAGCAAUGACACAAUCAUCAUCAUCAGAGAGAGAGACCCAAAGGAGGACUGCAAUCGAAGUCACAUCUUGCAUCACAUUUUGUUCCUGUUGAGCGUGACAGUGAGUGUGGUUGUGGUCUGUGCCUUUAUUGGCGUGCUGGCGUGGUGGUGCACAAGGACCAAAGAAAGCUACAGACCAGCUGGACUAAAUAAAAAACAUCGCUGCCUCCACAGUCAACAGAGGACACAAAGGCACAUUUAUCCCAUUAUCUAAGCAAGAAAAUACAGUUGCACCCUGGGUAAAAUUUACUUUUAAAAAGCAAGUUAGCUAAGAAACAGUUGUGUUUUCUUUUCUCUGAAGUGCUGAUAAAUUGAAAUGAUUGUGUGUUCUGGUACUCCCCGCAUAUUGGGUGAUACUGUUUUUACUUACCUGCCUUCAGAUAAAAUGUGAUUUUGUGUCACCUGGUGUAUUUUUGUAAGUUCCUAUUAUAGC